GCGAGUUGCUCCUUGGAGCCUUGGAGCGAGGCGUUGGGGCGGUAGGCAAGAGACAGUCAGUGGCGCGAAUUGUGCGGACGCCUGCCUGACUUGAAGACACAGCGAGCGCGUGCCAACCGGGGGCUGACUUGGCGAUGGAAGCGGCUCCGAUAUUGAACUUAUUUCUGUUUACUGGGAUACUCCUCACCAUCAGUUGUAACAUGGCUGAGGCCGUGGAGUGUUACAUAUGCAGCUGGAACCCAUCAGACUACAAGAAUGGCAACAAUAACCACGACUACAGCGACGUUUGUUCUGCAGGCCACUUUGACCCAGAACGAGUUCGGACACAUGAGUGCAGCAGAGGCUGCGAGAUAGUCAGCAUGAAGGAUCCCAAUGGAUUGCUAGAAAUGUACUAUAGGAACUGUGUCACCAAUAAACAGAUCACCCAUGCAUAUAUUAAGAAGAGUUCAAAAAUAAAUGAUGAAGAAGUCUAUACCUGUGACUUUGAUUUGUGUAAUACAGCUAAUGGAGGGAGACACUUACAUGUGGUUGCAGCAAUAGCAUUAAUGUUAGUGCUACCAGUUCGUUGGUUCUUCAUGUAAAGAAAGUAUCCUCAACAUGGAAUUCCCUACUCUUUGACCCACAGAAGCUGGUAAUCAGGGAUUGAACUAAGAAAUAAGUGUUGGUGCAGGCUGAUGCAGUUAUCAUCUGAUUCAGCCUUCUGAGUCAUUAAACAGCAUCAUGACAGUCUGUCGGUGGCCUUCUGAGCUGUAGCUCAACAGUACAAUAAAAUGAGUACAUGACUUUAACUGCACACAGGACAAGAAAAAUUAUGCACAAAUGCUACUUCAAAAAUCAAACUGAAGGCUAACAUCCAAAGAGAAAGGGCAUACA